CUGUGGCUGCGCCGCGGUUUACCGAGCUAUGUUCGAGUUGCCACUCUCCACGAAUUAUCGUUCUCAGGCUACGUCUCCCCCCGAGCGAUUCCGUUGGACAAGUACCGUCGACAAGCGCGAAGCCACUAGUACAACAGCGACAUCUGGCGGCAAAGACACACGGUAACGUUUGAGCGGUGCGCGGCCACGAACAUGGGCAACGACGUCACUUACAACCACGGCUAUCGCUACGCUGCCUUUAAAGCUCGCACCACAGUCAACGACCUCCCGCAGGAUGUGCUUCUCAUCAUUCUCCACUACGUUUUCAGCGAGGAGCGCCCGUACGUAGAGCGAAGAAGUACAGGCGUAACAAAAGUGCAGCACGUGCCCCUCUCUCCUCUUAGUCGGUCUGUAUCCGACUAUUCGAAGUGCGAUGCCGAAUACCUUGCUUCCGUCUGCCCGCUCUGGCGCCUCUCCAUGUCAUGCAGCUCUAUCUUCUGGCAACAGAUGGUCAUCUGGAUUGGCAGGGACCCUACCCCGCUUUCUCGGGUCAGCGAGUACCUCCGAUGGUCCCGAGCGAAGCCUCUCCAAAUCUACGUCCUCCGGAGGUUCGACCCGUCGAUGGAGGACAAGGCAGAGAAGGCUCACGUCGCAGCCGUCAUCAAGCUGCUCUUGCCGCACGUGAAGCGGUGGGCGGGACUCAGUAUGCAAGUCCUUCACUCCAGCUCACUCCCGCGCCCUCAUUUUGACCUUGUCGGUCACGCGGAGGAGCUCACCAACCUCAAACUCGACUUUGUCGUCGAUGAUGCGGCUGCCCUUCCAGCGGGAACCUCAUCUCCUGCGGGCGAGUUCGACGUGCCGCGGCUCGAGACGCUCUCCAUGGGCGGCGUUCAUUUCCGAGAGUCAUAUGUGAUACCGUUCUCCCAGCUGCUGAUGCCGCCUCGGCUCCGUUCUGUCACCCUCAGGGGUUACACCUCGCCCCAAGUACCGUUCGCCCUCGCCGACCUGCUGAAUGCGCUCCAGGCCUGCAAAAGUCUGCGUCAUGUCUACCUCCAUAACCUCCAGCUCGAUAUUUCCGUCCCGCAAUUUUUCUACCCGUGCUGGCCGAAGUGGGACGCCGACCCGUACUUCAGCGAGAUGUCCGGCGAUGUCAUCGAGGAGUAUUACCGCAUCCUUCAAUACCCUGCUUCAGAGCAAGCCCACUUCCGUGGCUGCUCAGGACCCGUACGUGAACACCCUGCAGCUGUGUUGACGGAGCGCGGUGCCUACGAUGUCUCCUUCAUUGAUUUCGCGAGCCCCACGGUGCUUCUACACUACCUCACGUACAGGGGAACCUCUGCUCGCGUGCUCGCGAUCUUAGAGGGUUCAGGUCUCGACGCGGACGUGCUGCGUGCGCUCGCGAAGCCAACCUCCUCGGGCGGCGAGGACCCCAAGUGGUUGUGCCCUCACCUCGAAGUGUUUCAUAUCACUGGGUGCAAACACUUCCGAAGCGCGGACUUGCGCGCGGUCCUCGAGGCGCGUCUUGAGGCUCAUAAGGCGACGGGCUUCGCGACUGAGGACUCCCCGGGCUUUGUGCUGAGGUCGGUGGAGGAGCUCUACGUGUACGACUGUGGCGAGCUAGCCCCGGAGGAUAAGGAGUGGUUCGACAAGAAUGUGGGGCAUGUUCGUUGGGAUCAGUGGAGGGGAGGCUCGUGGUGACUAGAGGUCAUUCAGUGAUGUUGAGCUGCUGUGGGCUGCUGCUUGGUGUUUUGUGGCGUGCCGCUUCAUUCAGGACGAUCAUACCGGAAAAUGUACUAUAGUGUAGAGGCUCGAAUACUCAGAGGAAAUUACUGCACCGUUCUGGAUCAGCUCCUCAGAGGUGACCAUACAUAC